AUGAUGGAGCUAAUGACUGCUACCCCUUUCUACGCCAUGUACUCAUCAAACAUCACUGGAAGAAACAACUCCUUGUACGAAGAUGACGAAGAGUAUGACUACAAGGACGAGCACGCAGAGCUGAGACAGUCCCUCAAAAUCAUGUCUCUCAUUGUUUACUGCCUGGUCUUUGUUCUCGGUGUGUUCGGGAAUGGAGUGGUUAUCUGGGUGACCGGGUUCAAGAUGAAGAAAACCGUUAACACUGUUUGGUUUCUCAAUCUCGCCGUGGCCGACUUCCUCUUCACGGCGUUCCUGCCCCUGGGUGUGACGUACAUCGCUCUGGAUUACCACUGGCCUUUUGGCAACUUCAUGUGCAAGGUGAGCAGCACUGUGAGCUUUCUGAACAUGUUUGCCAGUGUCUACUUCCUGGUGGUGAUCAGUGUGAACAGAUGUGUGUCUGUGGUGUGGCCCGUCUGGACCCAGAACCACCGCAAUGUACGCAAGGCUUCCUGUGUGAGUCUGGUUGUUUGGAUACUGGCUCUGAUUCUCAGUGCUCCAUACUUCAUCUUCGAGGACACUGGGCCAUCCUAUCACAAUGAAGACAUCAUCAUCUGCUUCAGUAACUUUGCCCUUUCUAAUGACAAUGAAACAGCAUCAGUGAAACAGCUGGGAGAUUUUCGAUAUCAGACCAUGACCAUCACCUACCUCCUCCUGGGAUUCGUCGUCCCCUUCACCGUCAUCGUCUCCUGCUAUGCCGUCAUCAUCCAUCGUCUCAGGAGGAACCGCACCCUGGCCAGCCGGUCGAGUCGCCCCUUCAAGAUCAUCGCUGCCGUCAUCAUCACUUUCUUCCUGUGCUGGGCUCCGUAUCACAUCAUGGCUCUCAUCGAGAUGGUUAAUGAAACGGCGAUUCACUCGAGUGAAACAUUGGAUCACUUCAUCACUAUGGGUGUCCCUAUAGCAACCAGCCUGGCCUUUCUCAACAGCUGCCUGAACCCACUGCUGUAUGUGUUCAUGGGUAAAGAUCUUAAAGACAAAAUCUGCAAGUCCAUCAUGAACCUGUUGGAGACUGCCUUCCAGGAGGAAGAGACACUCUCACACCAAGACAAAGUCAACAAACAGAGACAAGCAAGCUAGUAAUACCAAAGAAGUGUUCCGCCCUGAAAAGGGGAGAUAUCAAUAAAGA